AAAGCAACCGGGCUGUAUUGUUUUACAAGAUUUUAUUAUUAURCGGAUCGGUUUGAUAUAAUUUGACUUUUAACGUUAAAAAGUGGGCGUUACGAAUACUCCGCGGGUCAACAUGGUUCAGUGCUUUGCACCAGAUUGUAGACAUACUUCUGAGAGCCAUACAUGUAGAUUUUUUGGAUUUCCAAGUCAAAAAAAGAAAAAAGAAGAGUACACGAGGUGGAUUAAACUAUUAAGGCGGGCUGAUAAACUUCCUGGAAAUCACUCUCGAGUAUGCAACUGCCAUUUCAGAUACGGAUUGAAAGAAAACGGUUCAGAGAUCUUUCAAAGGAACAAGAGAACUAUGUUUCCACCAGACGACUACUCCGAGAAGAGGAAGGRGGGYGCGGCAAAGAGAAAAGGAAGUAGCGAUGCGAGCAAUAACCCAGUGGAAGAAAUGGUUCAGCAAUAUCGAGAGCAGGAAAGGAAAACCGCAAAUGAAAUGUCAGCGAUAAACAGAAAACCGGUAGCUCAAAUUCUGUUGGAAGCUGAAUUACAGAGCAAGAGUAUAGAGCUUGAAGUGUACAAAGAAAAAGCGUCCUACCACCGCAAUCACUAUAGUGCGUCCACAUUAAGUGAAGAAGUUAUUCGAAUGGUGACUGGAUUACCAACGAGAGAAGUUUUCAAUAUUGUUGUGCUUUAUGCUUUACGAUUCAAGGAUUCAAUUCGUUACUAUUAUGGUUGGGUAGUGAACUUGAUAACCUUUGAAGAUAUUUAUUACUUUGAUGAAAGCUAGACAAAAGACUAGGCUUGAAUGGUACUGACAGGGUAGCUGUUGACACAACUUGCUUAAAAAGUGAGAAUUCCCUUUUAAA